AUGGCUCUCCUGUUCCCUAUUCUUAUCGCUAUACUCGCCUCCCUGCUUCUGUAUGGGCUGUUCAUCGAGCCCCUUUCAGAUCCGUUACGUCAUCUCCCGUCUCCAGAACAACCACCCUUUUUCAAACGAUUCCUUAGAGAACCAGAUCUUCAUAAGUUGGAACAACGAAUGAGAGAAAUCCCUGAUGAUGGUCUAAUUCGAUAUUAUGGAUUCUGGGGGUUCACGAAGACUCGUCAAAGAAAAGCACUUCGUCCGGCAUUCAAGUUAGAACAUAUUCGUGGCUUGUAUCCUCUUUUUUGGAGCAAGGCGGUGGUCUUUUUGGACAGCCUUAACAAGGAAUUCACAUCGGACGACACUACCGUCAACGUCAGUCCGCUUUUGGGUCGGCAAACCCUCGACAUGAUCGGAGCUGCAGCGUUUGGAUUGGAGUUCCAAGCUGUUCGUCACCCGGAGAGGGAUUUCACCGCCAACUAUUUCAAAGGUUUCAGCACCUCAAGGUUAUCCCAGUUGAAUAUCUUGUUGUCCUUAAUACUGCCAAAUUGGCUUCUCAACCUUAUCCCACUGAAAAAGGUCUAG